ACCUACCUAGGUACCUACUUCGUAGUGGGGACCUGCGCUGGUGAAGGGGCCGAGGGGGGGGUGGGGGACUGGCUCCCUGCUACCUAGUACCUACCUACCUAUUGCAAAAGGUUACGUCAAUUAAAUUCUUCGCGCACUUAUAGACAGUCGACAGCUUCGCUCUUUGGCGAGAGGCUCUGUGAUUCUUAUUACCAUACUCCCCUGCUAAGGUAUUCCAAGGCUAGCUUCCUUUUCGAGUAUUACACCGAAAGCCUUUGCUACCUGACGGUUUCACUGACUCUGUACCUUUGUAAAGAAUGAUAUUAUCACGCGUGCCUGUUGCGCCAACAUGCAGAGGACUAUUGUCGCGCUGCCGACCUGUCUCGACUUUAAGCUCCAACUCCCACGUUAAAACAUUUCCUCAUACCGCGCCGCAUGGUGGAUAUCUCCUCACCUAUCUUGACACAAACCCCCCGACUCCUAGACUAGCUAUUGGCGCUUCCACUCAGCUUCCCCCCACGCCACAGUCAUUCACCGAGAAUCAUGAAUUUAUCUCCAUUUUGAACCGCGUUCUCCGCGAGUACGCAGCUCAAGACCCUGGUCUGCAGUCCCAGGCCCAAGCUUUCGCCGGCCCCGGAGGCGCCGUCUUCGGUUCUCACGGCGCUUUCUCUCCCCAGCAGCGAGCAACAAGGAAAAACACAGCCGGCUUAGGUACUAGCCACAGCAUCGAAACGGGAUUUGGUGGCCACGUUCAUCUGUCUGACCUUCGGAACCCACCCGACUUUGGAAGAAUUGCUUUUCCUGAAGACAUUUUAGGUAGCAUUGAGGUUGAUGGACACGGCAAGAUCAUUGGCACGUUUGAACCUAGUGGCACCUAUCGCAUCCUUACCAACGAGGGAAUCCUUGGUCUCAGCGACUUCUUGCGAACAAAGCUCAUAGAAGAACUCAAGGAAGAAGAGAAAAGACGCUGAUGAACCAGUCUCUAUUGAGCAUUAAAGAAAAUGCCUUUCGGCCACGCCUGGUACUGUAGGCUGGCAUGGCACAUAACAUCCCCAUGGAGUGUAAUCGCAGGCGCAGAUGGCACCUGUAAACACAAUCCCAAAGUCUGCAGUAUAUGAAAGCCUAUGUAAGCAGACAUCUAUUUAGUGUUAUUCACAAAGGUUAGGUAUAAAGAUAGGCCUGGUCCCUCCACCGCGGGGGUCCUCAUCAAGCAAGAUCCCGAAGUUCUAGAGUGUGUGAGAGCAGCGUACAAAAAUACGCCAUUUCCCCGGACAUGUAGAAAGUAAAUAGGUACCUAAUGGUUCAGUACCCUGGACAUGCCUUACUCCCGGUAUUCAUUACCACAAUUCGCGAUGACUGCACUCCGUAUUGCAGCAGGAUAUAUCACAGGGAACUCAAGAGUUAAAAACACACAACCCUACCUUGUACAGUGCUACCUUUAGGUACCCACAUACCUAUAUAGGUACAUAACCUCCUACCGUUACUAGCAUUAUACCUACCAUAUUACACCUGCAUAGUAGGUACCUGAGUACUGUAUACGCAUACCUAGGUAGAUACAUGUACCUCUAGUACAGUAGUGACCCAACCUAUG